AUGGUUCUGCUGCAGCCAAACAGUGACGUCCUGUCGGGCGACGCACUGUCCACAAGCACGGAAAUGGCCAGCGAAGGAACACCGCUGAAGGUUUCCGUGUCACCGCCGUCGGUGACCGACACCACUACCACCACCGUUACGACAACGCCAAUCAGCAUCUCCACGACAACGACGACGACGGUGGGCCCGGGCGAUGACGUCACGGGCGCAACGGCGGCAAUGUUUGGCAGUGCUGGGCCGCUGUCACCGUAUCGACCGAGCCGGGUUACGCUCGGUUCCGUCUAUCCCUGCAUCACGUGUAACCUUUGCAAGGGCUACUUGAUCGAUGCAACCACGAUCGUCGAGUGUUUGCAUUCCUUUUGCCACAGCUGCAUUAUGAAACAUUUGCGCACGGAACAGUACUGCCCACAGUGCGAAAUGAUGAUCAACAAAGCGAAGCCCAAUAUCAAACCGGAUGCAACGCUGCAGGCGAUCGUGUACAAGCUGGUGCCGGGACUGUACGAAAAUGAGCUGCGCCGGCGGCGUGCCUUCUACCGGCAGCACCCGGAAAUGGCCGCCAUUGCAACGCCGGAGCAACGGGGCGAGGACACCGAGUAUCUCAUCUUCAGCCCGAACGAGAAGAUCUCACUAUCGCUAGAGUACGCGGAAAAAGAGCUGGCGGAGGAUAAUGAGGAGCUACUGAAGGCAAAGUAUCUGCUCUGUCCGGCCAUCUUUUCGAUCGGGUUGCUCAAAAAGUUCAUCAUCUACAAGUACGGCAUCUCGGAACGGCAGUUUUGCGUCGAGAUUAUGUACAAGGUGAAGACGAUCAUCCUUCCCGACUACUACACGCUGAUGGACGUGGCAUACAUUUACACCUGGAAGAGGGACGCUCCCAUGAAGUACUACUACCGUAUUCGUACGACAGAAUCGAAUCCGGUCGAGUUGCCGGAGGUACCGCUGCGUCGCUCGCCCAGUCUCGUCAGUGCUGGAAAACAACGGACUACGGCUGUGGACGACGAGGACGAUAAGGAAAAUGUGCAUCUCGAGCGGCUAGUGUCGGAGGUGACGGCAAACGAGAGUGACAACAGUUCCAAUAGCAGCUGUAGCAGUGACAAUCAUCAUCGUCGUACGGAAAAUAUUACCAAAACUGUGGAGGAGUUGCCCAAGCCAGCGGCUAGUCCCGUAACGCAGACAUCGCCAUCAACUGCCGGAUCUCCGGCAACUCCAACUCCAGCACGAAAGAAUGAAUCGAUCAAGUUAAAGAUUGGCCUGAAUAAGAACAAGUACGUGAGUUUCCUCCAGAGUCCACAACCGGAUGAAUCGCUGGGUAAUACUUACUCAUCACCCGGUGCCUCCGUCGAGGGCACGAAGUCACACAAGCCGGAGAAAACAAAGCGCAAACGGACUGAUGCGCUAGCUACGCUGCAGCAGAUGAAAGAAAACUCCCGUGAGCUCAAGAUUAAGUUCGAGAAGAUCAAGGACAUGGGGUUGAUGAGCAGCAAGCGCGAGGGCAAGAGUGCCAAGAAGCAGCAUCAGCAGCUGGCCGUCGUCCCUUAUAAGGUUGAGUUGAGUUCGAACAUUACCCAGGGGCUGCAAGAGUCGGAGCGAGAUUCAAAGCGAUUGCAUUCUUCCAAGAACGGUUCGGGUUCGUCUUCAUCGUACCGCAAGUUGAAGAUAAAGUCACCGAAGAGUGGCAGUAGCAGCAGCAGCAGUAGCAAUAACAGCAGUCCAGAGGACAGCAAACAUCAUCAUCCGAUUGUGUUGAAGAUCGAUCAGCGUAGUCCGGACAUGGCUACAUCGACCCUGAAGUUUGGUGUGCCAAGAAAAACCGAUAAAAGCAUGACACCAUCACCGCCACCCCUGCCACCAUCUCCACCGACACCUCCCCCACCGAAGCGAAAGUUCGAGGAUGAGAAGUCACAGUUCCUGAACUCGUUCGAUCUGACACCCAUCAAGGCGGAACAAUGUUCACCAACGAAGGGUGCUAGCAUUUCUCCCUCGCCAGUGGAAACCGUAUCAUCAUCAAAGAAAUCUCCCACGUCCAGUGUCUCCCCAACUGCCGCCAGUACAGCGCCUACAGCAAAUACGACAACCACACCCAAUGGAAACACUACGCAAGUGAAGCGAAAGGCAAAGGAUGCGGCCGGUGGUGCAACCCGAUCCGGCUCCAAGAAGCCAAAGCUUUCCGAUGACGAAAUGAAGGCAAUCGUCGAGAAAACGGUGGCGGAAAACAUUCGCUCACCCUCGGAACAUAUCGUACCACCGAUUUUUCUCAAGCCAAAGGUUCCACCACUGGCUCCUUCCACGGUCGCUUCAUCCCGCCAGCUGUCACCACCGUUGCUACCAGCCCCGAGUAAGACGGAGUCACAUUCGACGCCCCCGCCCAAGCGUGAUUCUCCGCGACCAUUCGUAUUCAAGACACCACCGCCACCACCACCGAUCGUGUCGGCAAACAACAUUCCCGCGGUGAAGCCUUCGCAGCAGGUACUGCCAGCACCGAUUCCGCUGAAACCGGCCCUACCACCUACCAAACCGUCGAGCACGUCGGUAAAGUCUUCAACGCCGAAGACACCAUCUUCACAAUUGGUACCACAUGCGCCAGUUCGGAAGCCAACGACUCCAACAAAGCUGCCAACUUCAACACACACUGGCGCUACGAAUUCUGCUCCUCAGCAGCUCAGCAACGGGACCGUUCCUUCCAAUGCGACCACUCACAGUGUCGCUACCGGAGCGAGCAAGCUUCAAAAGCCACUUGAACUGAAGCGUGCCCAAAGCAACCCAUCGAUCAACAUCCUACCUCCGGUACCACAAACUCCUCCUAUUCCGCGUGAUACCGAAAUCAGCAAACUACGUCCGGAGGAUCUGAAGAAAAACGUCAAGAUCUAUGGACCGCCGACAUCGGUGGAACAGCCAACCAUUCCAGCUAGAGCGACGGACGCGACUAACUUUGCGGUCCCAAACAAAGUUCCUCCAAAGCCGACCACAACGCUCUCCGUUACAUCAUCGACGAAGACUUCUGGCACCUCGUCGACAGCAGGAGGUCCACCGGGGCAGGGUACCAAGGGACGGCCACUAAACUACUUGAAUUACGCACUGCUGAACAGCAAGGCGGCUGCUGCCGGUUCCAGAACGCCGAUCCCAUCGUACUCGUCUAACUCGCCCAGCUAUUCACCCGACUCACCGCAGUACAAUCCCAACCUUAACUUCUCGCCGAAGCAGUUCAAGUACGCUAAUCCGCUCGCGUACAACAAUCAUCUUCAGAACAUGCUGAACGACCGCAUGGCUGGUAGUACGUCACCACCAUCGACUACUAUUACCAUACCUGCGUCGUCACCAUCUCCACCACAGUCGAAGGAUCAGACAGGUCCUUCCACCAGCAUAACCAUUUCAAGCACCAACAAACGGCCUGCAUCAGCGCUCAGUCCCGAUGCGGAGGAAAAGAAGCUUCAGCCACCGGAGAAACAAGCGCCGAACCCGUUGGAUAAAUUCCCCUCGGGCAUACCGGACGGGCUAUCGGUGACAUUAGCCACUGAAGAGGACGAUGCGGCACGGAUCAAGAAUGUGAACAAGCAGCUGAAGAACAAUUUCAUCGAGAUCCGGGCGCUGCCUGAUGUUCCAAUUACGGAGGUGAAAUUUCCAAUGAAUCCCAAUACCGGAUCGAAGCAAGAUCGUCGAACUCCGCCAUCGUCCAAAGUGGGUACCGGUGCUUCGGGCAAUUUACCCACCACAACCGUUGCGCAGAUGGCACGCAAAUCGACACCACCCAUGAACCCGACGUACAGUGUGGCCAACAGUGUGCCAGCAAAGACUUCUUCACCCUCUGCUGCAUCCUCGAACGGCACUCCGGUGGACGCGAUUCAGCGCAAGAUCUACGACCUGAUCGAAAAGCAGAGCUCGUCGGAGGGUGGUAAGAUCAAGUCGUCUCAGGCAAAACCCCCUACUUUGCCCUCUGUAUCAAAGCCAAACUCUCCCAAGGUUUCUGCUAAUCCGGCCACCAACAACAAGCUCAAGAAUCCCAAUGCUACUGUACACGAGAACGGUUUGCUGAAGUUGAACAACUACCGCGAGGUGGAUCUAAUACCGAAAGGAGUCAGUCUUGGCGCAGGUCCCAUCGCUCCAAAACCAUUGAGUUCCUCUGUUUCACCUUCUGGGACAUCUAGAAUGAUGCCUCCCCCUACCACACAAUCCAAAUCAAUCGUUCCGAUCGCACCGAAACCAUCGCAACAAUCGUUCGCCAAUGGACGGAUGGCUAUGUCCCCGCCGAUCCAUCGGUCACCGACAGCUGUUGGAGGUUAUCAUCAGCCGAAGUCUAAAACACCCCCAUCCCAUUUACCAUCGAUGGCAAGCAUGGGCCCUAUGUUCGCCGCAAUCGGUACGUCCGGUGGUACACCGUCGAAGAAGCCACCGGUCGGUGCGUCCACCACAUUCACAUCGGGCACUGUUCCGCGGCGUAAGAUUGUCCCAACGAACAAUUCGACAACUUUGGUGCCAUUGAAGUCCUCUUCGGUUUCCUCUCCCGCAUCGGCAAACGGUGGCGGAUCGAAGGUUAUUAGUAGUUCCUCCGACUUUAUCACCCUGCACCCGCAGGGUCCGGCAACAUCUUCAGCGCCAUCGUCCCGUCCACUUCCCUACAGCAACCCACAGCAGGCUGCACUGUCGCAGAUGCUUAACAGCCAAUUAGCCCGGCAGUUUAUACUGAACUCCAUGUAUAACCCGUACAGUUUGCACCACCAGUAUGCACAGCUGAGUAAUAACUCGCACCUGAAUAUACCGAACGGUUCGGACUCGGUCACAAUCACGGCAUCGCCCAUGAACACGGCCCGUAACGCUGUGUCCCAGAAUUCGCUCACCGUCACCGCUAUUCCUGCUGGCUCUACGGUAUCUAACGGCAGAGGUGGCAGCACGAACGGUGGUAAUGGAUCAGGAGGCUCCGGUGGCGGAGGUCCCUCUAAUAGGGGCUUCGGUGGCGGUGGUCCCAAUCCGGCAUCACGCAACUCUUCCUGA